AGUGGUCAAAGUGGUUGAUUGUUCGUUGAAUUUUGGUCGCUGCCGUGCGUAAACGUGAAAUAAACACAGUCCCUUGAAUUGGGCCAUGGCGAACGAAAUAGUGUGCUUUAUUAAAAAACACAAUAGUUUAUAGACCUUGUUUAAUUUUCGUGAACGAAAGUCACCAUGGAAAUUGUCGACGUUGAAGAAUGCCAGCCCGACCCUACAGCGGUCACAAGAAAGAAAAGUUUAUGGGCUAAAAUUAACAAUAGGACAACGUACAGUUAUUUAUUUAACAUCGUAGUAUCAAUACUGUUGCUCACAUGCCUGGUUCUGGUGCUUUAUUUUUUCAAGGAGUAUCUAAAGACGAUUUUAUACUGGGUAGACGCUCAGGAUCCGUGGAUAAUAUUUUUGUUAUUUAUGGGUUUAUUUUUGAUCGUCAGUUUUCCAGUGACGAUAGGAUAUUUAGUGUUGAUAAUAACUAGUGGAUAUUUAUUCGGAAUCGUUAAGGGUUUAGUAACUGUUUUGGUGAGUGCGAACUUUGGCGUGGCGGUGGCUCACUUUACCCUGAAAGCGUUGCGGAACUACCUCCCUCUGGACCGCUUGCUCAAGAACGAGACGGCGCGAGCCCUACUGAAGGUGAUCUCAGGGCCGCAAGCCUUCAAAAUUGUAUUUUUCGCGAGACUGACGCCAAUACCUUUUGGAUUGCAGAACACAAUAUUUGCUGUAAGUGACGUGGGUGGUUGUGGGUACCACCUAGCGACGAUGCUGGGUCUAUUGCCAGCGCAGGUGAUCAACGUGUACCUCGGCUCCACGCUGCGGUCCAUGCACGACGUGCUGCAUGAGUCCCACCUUACUGGAUACGUCGUGUUUGCGUUUCAGAUCCUGAUUGGCAUAACAUUGAUGGUGUGGGUGGUGCAGAAGGCGCGCAAAGAGCUGACGAUAGCCAUUAUGGCGGCGGAAUUAGGUCGGGAGACGAUAUCCACCUCCACAAGCUCCUCAAUCAGCUAGCCAACACCCAGGGCUUCCACAGACGUGGACAGCGUCUCCGAGGAACCGUCGAGCUAGGGCUGGCCCUACGCCUGCUUUCGACACACGUUCGAAGCCCGCGAUGAAGAAACUUACGUAUGAAAUAAAGGGUUCGUUACAACCCUGUGAUAUUAUAUUAUAAUCGCCAUGUUACCUCCAAGAGGAUUAGAUUAAACUGACAUGUGAGGAACUCGGAAGGUUAUCGUUGAUAUUUGUGAGACUUUCCUUGUAUUAUAUUGUUUAUCGACAUAGGUGAGUAGUAGAUUAUGUAUAUGUGAUGUGUACUAAUGAAUCUCGCUCAGUAACUGACUGACGUGUAUGGAAUACUUAGUUUGACGUUUGACAGGAGAACCCGUGCCUCAAGACAAGGUUCAUUGCCAACGACGCAAGAAUUUUGAGUCGCGUUAAAAAGAUUUGCGUGCGAAAUUAAUACACGAUUGUUUCCAUGAAGUUUACGAUUGUACUCGGAUAUUUUCGUAAACGUUCGUCACAAAUGUUUUAUUGUAGGAAAUACCGGGAAAUAAAUUCUAAUUUGCUCGUUUUACGCUACUGCCGUUCAUGUCACAUGAGACUUUUGGCAAAUACCAGAGAUUGGGAUAUGUCGUCGAAUAUUGGGUAUUGAUCAUUAUCCAGAUUCGUCUGGAAACAUCUGAAAACCACGCAAGAGUCUUGUUAGGUUAUUGUAAUAAAUAAUUGUUAAGAGUAAAAUCUAGAUGAUUAAUAUCUUCUGAUGGCAGCUAAAACAUUUUAAUUUAUUGAAUUCUUACCGCAAAAAGAUAUUUUUAAAUUUUUAAAAAUAUUCCUGUUCACGGGUACAAUCACUGUCAAACGUAUUAAGGGUAAUUGUUAAAAAAAUACACGUGCAAACAAAUACAUGCUCAAAUAGCAAAUCACAAAUUAAUAAGCAAACCUAAAAAGUAAAGAGUAUAUUUGACAAUUAUUUAUUAUAGAACCAUUUUGCACGAGUAAUUUUAUUAUUAUUAUAUUAUCAACUGAUAAUUCAAACACGUCGGAGGUCGGGACAAGGUCUGUUUUAUUACGGAACCAAAUAGCUUAAGUGAGUUGCACAUGUAAUUAUGUACUCUAUGGUGUAUAUAUAGAGUCCACUUAAAAGUAAAACGCUAGCUAAACAGAUAAAUGGAGAUAACUCAUUUCAUGAAAACCCCGGGUCGUCAUAAACGGCCAUUUUUAGUACAUUAUUGACAUUGUGUCAAUAACAUUCCUCGAGUGGAGUUUAUUCAAGUUUAAUUGUGUGAUAGGAAUUUGGUAUCUCCGUUUUUCUCUUCUGAUAUACAAUAGUUUAAGGAAAACCAAUAUAUUGUAUGAAAUGUACAUAGUCGGUAGAUUUUCCAGUUGGGUACCAGACAAUUUAUUUUUCAACGGUUUUUUCAGCAAAUAAAAUACUUUUCGGAAUUUAUAUUCGUAGUGUUUAGUAUUAAUGUUGUUGCCAAAUUUUAUCGCAGGUACAAGAGUUUGUAUAUUUUACAUAUUAAGAUAUUUUUCUUUUUUUAGAUGAUUCUUUUCGUGAUGAUCCUGGGCACAAUAAUAAUUAUGUUUCAUUAACUAUGUCUUUUAGCUAGAACAACACUUGUUAAUGUGUUAUCAAUAAGACAACCUUUAAAAACACAAAUCUAUUCUAGUUUUCUAACAGCUGUUGUGAAAAAUAACACAAUUUUCGUAAAUAGAACGUAGUGUCACAAUUAACUUUUAAUUUAACAAGGAAAAAUGCAUUUACACACGUACGUAUCGCGUUAUUUUUGCCCAUCUGUUUCGUGGAUCUAGUAGCGUGACUUGCGUGCUCCCUCUGGUGUAUUCCAACAUAACAAUUUGCAUUAUUCCACUUAAUAAUAUUCGUUUAAAGUGUACACUAAUAAAAUUAAUAGCCAUUUCUAUUUUUGUUAUUAUACAUUUGUGAAUAGCUUCAGUUUUAAAUGAAAUAUUUCUAUAUUUUAUCGCCAUUUAUUUCUCAGUACAUGUUAAUUAGAUAUUAUAAAUCAAAACUCUUUUGCCUGCGACUGUACGCAUUCUUUUGAUGCCAAUACAAUUUUUUUGUAUUACUAAAAGUAUUUGGCAUUUAUUCUUAUGAAAUCGAGACUAAGUAUCGUCGCGAACAGCGAAAGUAUUAGUUGUACCUAUUAAUUGUUAUAAACAUAAUAUGGUACAUCGGCAAUGUGAUUAUGACUUUAAAUAAAGAACGAUUAUGUUUCCUUAAAUAUUUUAUAACCGCCAUCGGUAGUUUAACCUAUUAAUCAUAUAUUCUGAUUUGUGUUGCUUUUUUGAUUAAAUAAUAAUAACUUAUCAUUACGUGCAAUAUUUUAAUGAGAUUCUUACUGAUCUCGAUUUUGGUGUUGAUUAGAAAUAAUAUUUAUUCAUUUUUCUUCUGCUUUUUUAAAAUUAUUACAUAACGUUUUGUGAUAUUUUGUGUUCACUAUUUCUUUGUUACUAAAUCAAUUAGUUUCUUAUCAUGAUAAAAUUUUGAAUAUUUUUAGCAUUUCUUUUCAAAAACAUAUUUUACUGUUAGUACCUAUUUAUUUAAUUAUUACAAGAGACCAUUAAAAAUUGAUUCUUCCUAUAAAACCUAAAGACUGAUUUUUGUUUGAAUUAAUUUCCUAUG